GACCAGCUUAACGAGGGUUCCUCCCGCGUCAACCACGCCUACGUGGGAUUCGCGGGGGAGCAGAUGGCCGGCGCAGUCCUGUUGGAGGAGCACGUCGCCGAGCUGAUGGACGCCGACGGGGGCGACGCGCCACUGAACAUCAGCUUCACCAAGGUGGACCCCUUCACGUACGGGGCCAUCAGCACGACCUUCGAAACCUGGGAGGGUCCGACGCAGCGGCCGUGGUACCAGAUCCAGGCCGACAUCGCCGAGCACUUCCCGGAGAGCCAGACAAGGAGGGCGUGGUCGCGGUUGUACGCCUUCGUGAACGGGGAGCUAGGGCUCACCCGCACAUUCCCGGUCGCGUAUUGCGGCAACUAUUCUUGCUUCGAGGGCGUCGUGGCGUCAGACAUCACGCUGCCGAUUUUGAACGACAUUUGCCACAACGCGCUGGACGAGCUGCGGGCGUCGACGUUCGCGAACUCCGUGCUCCUGACGACGGAGAACUCCGCGGUGUUCGUGGUGGAGCAGGUGUCCAGGAGGUUUCCGGACCAGGAAGGGCUCCUGAUCGCCGAGUCGUCCAGCACUGGCCGGGGCAUCAUCAACGCCGUGGACUCGGAGAACAGCGUCAUCAGCAGGACCUCGCGGGCCUUGCUGGACCGGUUCGGGAGCUGGAGCUCGCCUGAGCUGUUGCGGGAGCAGCACUUCACCUUCGACGGGAGCUUCGGCAGCUGCGGCGACGGGAGCGACUGCCUCCAGGUCAGCUCGAAAACAUUAGCUCUGGACGACGACACGCAGUGGCUGGUGGUCGUCGUGACGCCGGUCGAGCUCUUCUCGACUAUAGCGCGCGACAUGCAGCUGCAGGGACAGGUGGAAAUCGACAAGAUGGCUCACCUGAUCCAGGAGAAGCACGCCGACACGCGCCUCCUCGCCAGCAUCGUGUUCGCGGUGAUGACGGUGCUGAGCACGAGCGUCGGCUUCUGCCUGACGACGAUGGUGGCCCGGCCGCUGCGGCAGCUGGUCAGGCUGAUGCAGCGGCUCAGCAAGCUGGACUUCGCGCAGGAGAGCAGCGAGGUCGGCAGGCUGAUGAGCGGCAGGCAAGCCAAGGAAGAGUGGCAGCAGCGGCAACAGCAGCCGGCGACGUAG